UUGUAAUUAUAAAAAAUUGUUUUUCUUUUUAAAAGUGUGCACAUCGUCAACUAAGUUUUUGGUUUAAUAUUUAACAAUAAAUCCACUAACUUUGCAUUUUAAAAUGACUCGAAACAAGUAAACUAACAAACUAAAAAGUUAGAAAGUGUCACAAAAAAAGACGUUUGUAAUUAAAAAAGAAAAAAGGAAAAUAAAAGGUAGCAAUAAAUUGAAAAGUCAUGGCUCCGUCAUUAAAACUCGCGGACGAUCAACGAUUUGCUUUAAUGAAGUUUAGAAGAAGCGUUCAGGAUUGUCUAAAGCCCGAGCAUGACGAUCAUUUUUUAUUGCGAUGGUUAAGAGCAAGAAAAUGGGACGCUGCGGCGGCUGAAAAAAUGCUAAGAGACUCUUUGGAGUGGCGAAAACAAUGGGACGUGGACAAUUUAAAUGAUUGGGACCAUCCACAAUUACUCAACGUUUAUCUUCCUCAUGGAGUCUGUGGCUAUGACAAGGACGGAGCGCCAGUGGUGAUUGUUCCCUUCGCUGGAUUGGAUAUGUAUGGAAUAUUGCACGUGGUCUCGAGGAAGGAAAUGAUAAAAAUAACGGUAAAACAAUUGGAGAGUUAUUUAAAUAUUUGCAACGAGCAGGCAAAAAAACAUGGCCCAAUUGCUGGACAAAUAACAAUUAUUUUCGAUAUGGAGGGUUUCAAUUUACGUCAGUACAUGUGGCGACCGGCUGGAGAAGUUGUCCUGGCGCUAAUUCAAAUGUACGAGGCAAAUUAUCCGGAAAUCCUAAAGAUUUGUUUUAUCAUAAAUGCACCGAAAGUGUUCACAUUCGCCUUCUCGAUAGCAAAGAGAUUCAUGAACGAGUACACACUGUCGAAAAUUCAAAUAAUCAAAGCCGAUCCAAAUAAAUGGAGACCUGCCAUCCUGCAACUUGUACCCGCCGAUCAGCUUCCAAAGCACUUUGGAGGAAGUCUCACUGAUCCCGACGGAAAUCCCCGACUAACGACAAAAGUUUGCCAAGGAGGCAAAGUACCGAAAACAAUGUAUAAUAAUAAAAAUGAGAAGGACAAGCAAAAUGAUUUCACCACAGCGACAGUGAAAAAGGGAGAGAAAUUAAAACUAGAAUUACCAGUGGAUGAAAGCGGCUCAAUUUUAAGUUGGGAAUUUCGCACUGAAGAGCACGACAUUAAAUUCGGAAUACUUCGUAAAACGAACGAAGGCGGAAAAACGGAAAUAAUUCCAAUUCAUCGAGUAUCAGCGCAUCAAAUGGACGAAAUUGGCAUCGUCACUUGCGAGGGUUCUAGCACAUAUUCUUUCGUUUUCGACAAUUCCUACAGUUUGCUGAGAAACAAAAAAAUUCACUAUUCCGUACGAGUUCUACCACCGACGAAUGUUUUAGAGGAAGUGAAAAAGUGACGCGACAAUUAUAUUUUUCUAAAAUUUGUAAAUAA